UAAAGCGGCAGCAGAGAAAGGAUGGCACAGAAAAGACAAGCUCCUGUUCCAAUCUUCAAUAGGGGCAAGCGUCCAAGACUAGCGCUUGUAGCUCAUCCUGGACACUCCAACCAGCUUCCACAAAAGCAAUGGAGCAAUGAACAUAACUACAACAGGCAGCCAGCAUCAGGGACAAACUAUGGAGCUCAAGAAAACUAUCCUGCUGCUCAGAACCGCAGCUACACUCACCACCCAACAAACACUCGUCAAGACCCAUCAUUUACACGUGCACAUCAACAAACACCAAACCAUUCUACAAGUUAUUCUAGACCAGACAAUUCGUCUACCAACUAUCCAUCAAGUACAAGCUACAGACAAUCUUCUGGGCUGAGAGAAGCGGCACAAGUUGAGUACAAGCAAUUCCCCAUAACCGAUUACAAAUCUACUUUCCAACAAAAAUCAAGCGAUUCUCAACAAAACUCUAGUGGCUCUAAACCAAAUUUAAGUAAUUAUCAGCAAAGUUCCAGUGGUUAUCAGCAAGGCCCUACCACUGCGUAUCAACAACGUGCUCCUACAGGAUACCAAACGAAGUCUACCGAUAUUUCAUCUUAUCAAAAAUCGUAUCAAAAGGGCCCAGAAACAAACUCUCAAUCGUACGCACACCAAGCUCAGAGAUACCAACAACAAGCAAAGCCACAAGGAAACCCUCUCACACAGCAGAGCAACUUCACUAGUACUCCAUAUCGCCGACCUCAGCAAACUGUUCCCAACCCUCCUCCAUCAAAGACACAAGUUCCUAGUCACUCCAGUGUGGGAGAAACAGCUACUGGGAAAGCGUUUGAACCUGGCAAAACACACAGUGCCCAGACUGGACAAGUCGUUGCCAAGGAUACCAGUAGGCGUGGGCGGCCCUCCCUCCGACUGCUCACAGCCACUGCCCGAGGCAUGAGACACUGGGCCACCUACAAGAGUCACACUCCACUACUCUUUGAAAUAUUUGGUAAACUGAGUAGCCCUGGAGUGAGCUCAGUGAGUCAUGGAUGCAAGCAAUUCACUAUACAGGCAUCAGACGGACCAGUUGACUGUCACUUCUGGGAGAUAGAUCGUUCCCUCCCCCCUCUGAGUGCUGCUGGUGGCGGGUAUAGGGUGGUGGGCCAUUGGGACGACAAGAUGGGUGUGGUCAAGUGCUUCUCUGUGAGGGCUGUGAGGCCAGGGGAGCUGGAGUGUGAGCGUGGGCGUGUGGACGAAGCUGAUCAAGAAAUGAGGAGAUUUGUCGGAUCAUUAAAUACAUGAAAACUGAACUACUUGCAUUGUAAAUUGUAAUAAUAGACUCAUUAAUAUUUUUAAUUCAUUGAUCAUUAUUAUUA